GUUCGCGCCCCCUGCGUACCGACAGUUCAGCAGCGGUGGAGCCUGUCCCAGCGUGCCCCUCUCCUCCCCCUUGCCCGGAGUACCCAAGCCUGUUUUUGCGACAGUUGACAGACAGGAAAAGUUUGAAACCAGAGUCACCACGCUGGAUAAUGGGCUUCGCGUGGCCUCUCAGAAUAAGUUUGGCCAGUUCUGUACGGUCGGAAUCCUUAUCAAUUCGGGAUCAAGAUACGAAGCCAAGUACCUCAGUGGAAUUGCUCACUUUUUGGAAAAGUUGGCAUUUUCGUCUACAGCUCGCUUUGAUAGCAGAGAUGAGAUCUUGCUGACCUUGGAAAAGCACGGGGGAAUUUGUGACUGCCAGACAUCAAGAGACACCACCAUGUACGCCGUGUCUGCUGACAGCAGAGGCCUGGACACAGUGGUGGGCCUGCUGGCGGAUGAAGAAAUCGAGAUGACACGAAUGGCUGUCCAGUUUGAGCUGGAGGACCUGAAUAUGCGGCCUGACCCAGAACCGCUCCUCACCGAGAUGAUUCACGAAGCAGCGUACAGGGGGAACACGGUUGGCCUGCGCCGCUUCUGCCCUGCAGAGAACAUAGCGAGGAUUGACCGUGAGCUGCUCCAUUCCUACCUGAGAAACUACUACACCCCCGACCGCAUGGUGCUGGCCGGCGUGGGCGUUGAGCACGAGCUUCUGGUGGCAUGUGCUGAGAAGCACCUCCUGGGAGCCCGGCCAGCCUGGGGGGACGCGGUGGCUGUGGACGUCGACCAGUCGGUGGCACAGUACACUGGGGGCAUCGUCAAGCUGGAACGAGACAUGGCCAACGUCAGCCUGGGCCCCACGCCGAUCCCUGAGCUCACGCACAUCAUGGUGGCACUGGAGAGCUGUUCCUUCCUGGAGGGUGACUUCAUCCCGUUCGCCGUGCUGAACACGAUGAUGGGCGGUGGCGGCUCCUUCUCAGCUGGCGGCCCCGGCAAGGGCAUGUUCUCCAGGCUCUACCUGCACGUGCUCAACAGGCACCACUGGAUGUACAGUGCGACGUCGUACCACCACAGCUAUGAGGACACGGGCCUCUUGUGUAUUCACGCCAGCGCCGACCCAAGGCAGGUGCGAGAGAUGGUGGAGGUCGUCACCAAGGAGUUCACUCUCAUGGCCGGAGCCGUGGACGCGGUGGAGCUGGAGCGAGCCAAGACACAGCUGAUGUCGAUGCUGAUGAUGAACCUGGAGUCCAGGCCCGUGAUCUUUGAGGACGUGGGACGGCAGGUGCUGGCCACCCGUUCCCGGAAGCUCCCCCAUGAGCUCUGCACCCUCAUCAGUGACGUGAAGCCAGAAGACGUGAAGAGAGUAGCUUCAAAAAUGCUCCGGGGGAAGCCUGCGGUGGCCGCCCUGGGCGACUUGGCUGGCCUGCCUGCCUACGAGCACAUCCAGGCAGCUCUGUCCAGCAAGGAUGGGCGGCUGCCCAGGACAUAUCGCCUGUUCCGGUAGUUCCUGGGCCCUCGCAGGACCCUGGAGCAGUCACAGGAGUGAACCCCGUGUGUCCGUGUCUGGCGCGAACCGUCGUGAACACUCUGGUCUGUAAACAUGCAGACGGGUCUCCCACUUGAGUGCACGUUUCAUGUUGCCAGAGCAGCCACUCCGUUCCCAUUCGUUCAGAAUUGAGAAGGCCAGGCAGCGGCAUAGGUGUCCACCCUGUCCCUCUGGGCGAGACCGAGUGUGGCCUGCUGUGGGAAGAGCAUGCACGCCCGCCUGCAGCUGCACCCGGGCACACGGGCUUGCAGACUCCGUCCACUGCCUGGCCUACCAGGUGCCACCUGGGCAUCUGAGCGUGCAGCCUUGCAGGUCCUUGGAGAUGGCGGUCACAGGGUGAGCCCCACACAUUGAUCCGUCUGGCCCCAUAGUGUAGGCAGAAGGCAGUGUUCUGACAGUUCCUGGGACUGCCCCUCACAGACCCGACCAGCAGGAACCAUUUACCUGCACGUAGUCGGCAAGGCCACUGUGCUAAUAAAUGGUGGACGUCUCA